AUGACAUAGAUCUUUCCCCAUGCUGCACUUAGUGCAGUGCUGGGAAAUUAACAUAGAUCUAGAGAUUAGACCACAUUCAUUUGGGGUAGUGAAAACCACAGCUCGGCCAAGCGCCAACAGCCAACAAGUUUUUUUAAUAACUGGACGCUAAGUCCAAAUCAAAUGGCGUCAUCUAUAAAAAGCAAAAAAUUGUUACAACUUAUCGAAGAUAUCAGUCAAGAAAUUCCACCUAAGUCUCUAAACUAUGAUCGAGUGUGCUUUUUGCUGGCUCCUAUUCUACCACCAAAUGCACCUAAACAAGUACUGAACGGUGAGAAUCUCAUCAGUCGAAUCUACUUUGAAACUCUCAAAGAUAAAGAAGGAGGUCUUGCAAGGUUUUGGUAUGUUUUAAAUGAGACCCAAGUGUGCCCUACUGAUUGGCUUGCAAACCUGCAAGAAUAUGUUACUGAAGCGUACUUCGUGCCCGAAUCACUUACACCAAUGGUUCACCUUCGUGCAAUGCUUCUGAAAAUUGUGGCUAGUAUUGCAAACGAUGAAGGUGCAGCAACCAGGAUUAUCAAUACAGCAGGAGAUACUUUUAAGCCUCGCACAACUCUCAACACUCUAUCAAAGCCAUUACACAACAAGGACUACACUCUACGUUUGCUUGAGUUCUUUGAAGUGGCAGAGAAGCAAUUGGAAGUUGAACCUGACAAUCUUGACAAUCUUCGUGAAUGGUUAAGCGAUGCUGGAUGCAAGAGGGUCAUAAAAUACUGUCUGGAUAGCUUUGACCCUACAAGGGAAAUCAAGAUCCAGGGUGCAUGGCGCCCACCGCAGGAAAAGGAACAUAGUAUAGAAGAAGAGCGACGGCCAAGCGAAGGAGAAAGUGAGAUGGUACCCAUGAAGAUCUUGUAAUGAUUUCCUUUUCAACAUCAUGUAUCGAGAAAAUAAACAAGCAAGCUGCAUGCUCAUUGUUCACACACAGUCCAUUGUUCCCCACUCCACAAGCGUUUUAUAGCUUUAUAUAGUUUUAGUUGUAUAGGCAACUCAGUUCAAAUCAGUGUCUACAUCAGAGGCAACAGUAUAUAUGCAUAGAGAUAUUCAACAGGCUGUGAAAAUUAUACCAUUAAUUGUUUUUGUAACCAUUUUAAGGAUACCCCACUUGGCCUCUGUAUGUCAAACAACUAUAGGUGGGCAUAAUUUCCCCGCCUUGAUCACAUUCCUCAUAACUCCCUUACCUGAGGGCACACUGAUUUGAGUGAUGUUGGUAUUUACUAUUAGAUCCCAUUUGAGUGUAUAUUUAUAGUAGGGAACUACGGUAUAUACCGGUAGUAUAGAUUGCUCUGAGGUCUGAAGCCAUGUUGGAUUGGUGAUAAAGUAUUGUUGUCCAGUAGAUAUAGUUGCAUAGCCUUGUGUGAAUAUUUCUUUCGAGUGUUUUGACAGCAAAUGAUGUUAAACUGAUUGGUUCUGUAGUUGCAUGUAGUAUAGGUGAGUUUUUGAUGUCCUUUCUUGUGGAGAGGGGUGAUCAUGGGUUCGAAGUUUUCCAGUCGAAGGGUAAGGUGUUCUGUUGGAUGGACAUGUUAAAUAGUAUUGCUAGUGGUGAAGAUAGUUGAGCAGCACCCUCUAGGAGGAGUCGCCCGGGUAUUCCAUCUGAUCCGCAGGACUUAUCUAGUUGGGUCAAUUGCUUCGAAAACUUUGGCUUCACCCAUAACAUAAUUAUUUAUAUUAUGGGUUUAGAGCUGACAAAGUGGAGGGAUGAUCGAAGCCUUUGUUGGUUUGCAGGAAUUUCAAACACUGAUGUAUUUAUUAUUGGUUGAGCUAGGGUAUUGCACUUCUCGGCCGCCUUUUUAUAAUUGUGAUGAAGAUCAGGGAUUGCUUGCAAUUUUGCUGCAUGCAAAAUCCAGGAAACUCAAAGAGUGGGUAAUGAUGACCAUUUUUGUUGUUAAAAACUAUCUAUGUCAAAAGUUCAAGUCAAAGAGCAACCUUUUUGCAAUCAAUAGCUCUUGCUCUUGCGAAUCUGGCCAGCAACUAAUCUGCACUGGGGAAAAAUGAGCGUUCUAUUUCCACUCCUAAAAAGAGGGUCCCGUUGGAUGGUCACAAUCAAAGGUAGAAGUUCUCACAGUGUGGCAGAUUAUUUCCACUUCCAAAGAGCCAUAGUUGGCAGCCCUGAAAGCAUCAAUGAAAACUUUGUUAAAAACUCCCUUCGAAUUGAUCAACCUGAUAAAGCAAUCGUCAUCGAGAAAGCUAAACAAGAGCAUUCCAUCUAUGUUUCUGAACUUCGAAAGUUGAUACCUACCAUUGUAGAAGUCCCUGCUGAUGAUAGAUUCCCAGAUCAGGUGUACGUGGAAGAGCCUGCUGUGAUACUGAAUGGCGUGGCUCUGUUAACCAAGAUGGCACCUCCAUCUCGUGCUGGAGAGAUUGAACCAAUGAGAAAGGUACUCGAAAGUAUGAACCUUGAUAUAGUUGAGAUGAAAAAGCCUGGUGCUUUCUUGGACGGUGGAGAUGUUCUGUUCACGGGUAGAGAAUUUUUUAUUGGAUUGAGUGAACGAACCAAUGAGGCAGGGAUUGAGUAUCUGUCGAAAGUGUUCUCUGGCUGGCCUGUAACUGGAGUGAAGGUACCAAAGGGCACACUACACUUAAAAUCUGUGUGUUCAUUGGCAGGUGUGGACAUUCUUGCUAUUAGCAAUAGUCCUGCUGGGAGACAAGCAUGGAAGGAUAUGGAGUCAUUUGGUGCUCACAAGUACAAACAGUUAAUUUUUCCUGAUGACAAUGGUGCAAACUGUCUGUUUGUUAAUGGUGUUGUCCUCCACCCACCAAAAGAAGAAUACCCCAGAAGUUACGAAGUGUGGAAAACAAUGAAAUGUCCAACUGUUGAAAUACCAAAUAGUGAGUUAGCUAAGUCUGAUGGAUCUUUAACCUGCAAUUCAAUAAGGAUAUUCGAAAUAUGACUGAGAAGAAUACUAAACUCAUUUUGAAAUAGCUAGAAUAAUUAUGUGCACAGUUUUUAAAUUAUUACAAGCUGUGUAGCAAGCACUGUGUAGCGGGUAAUUUCGUUGGUGCAAAUUUUCGUAUGAACUACCCAUUUAAAUAUUAUUUUCGUGUUUUAAAUAUUCGUACAGGUAUCUAUUGCGGUAGAAUAAUAAUUUCGUAGUUUUAAUUUUCGUAUGAUGCUUUUCAAUACCUAAUCUUGAA